ACUUUUCUUGCGUUGAGUCCCCCCAUCUCGGCGCCGACAUGAUUUAUACGGCUGUCCUACAUCAACAAAGCCGCACAAUAUGCAGCUAAAACAUGGAAAUUGGGCCGUGAGGCUCGGCUCGCGAAAAGUAAGCUUCGGCAGCGUGACGUGACGCUAGUGAUCUGGACCCUGCUUUUCGGGUUCAUCCUCCCCAUGUCAACUCGCCGAUAAUGCGUAUAUUGACGUUGAUAAUGCGUAUGUGUGUUGUUGUUUUCACAUGUCUGCCUCAUGCUGACCAUUGAAAACUUAUUUUUAACGAGGAGGGUGCCUCUUUUUAGAAACCUGUCAAGAUAUAACUUCCUCGUGAUCCCCGGUGGGUGACAUUGCUUGAGCCUCCUCUCUCCUGCGAUCUUCAGAUCCUUUCUCAUCUGCACGUUGUGUGAUCAGCAUAACAAGUCACAAAAUGUAUCGUUCGCAGGGUGACAGUGGCAACGUCAUGUCUAAGCCGUCGGACGACACCUUGCACGCUAAAGCCUUUCAGGAGCACGACGACCACCGAAAUAAUAUGGAUAUUGAAGCCAACGAUGCCCAAGUCAAUGCGCUUGUCCGACCUUACAGUCUCGACCUCAUCCGUUCAGCAUCAAGACUCGACCCUGGUAUCAACCCGUUUCUGUCGGACCAUCCUGCCUUGGACCCAAGCUGUCGCGAAGAGUUCAACGCCAAGAAAUGGGCCCGAGCCCUCCUCCAGCACUCAUAUCACAAUCCCGAGGACUAUCCCAGACUCGAAGCUGGAGUUGCCUAUCGUAACUUGAGCGUCCACGGUUUUGGUACUGAUACGGAUUACCAGAAGGAUGUUCUUAAUGUCCUCUGGCAAGCACCCAUGAUGAUCAAGCAGGCUGUCAGCAAACGUCGUCAAAAGAUUGACAUCUUGAGGGAGUUUGACGGUAUCAUCAAGAGUGGCGAGAUGCUCUUGGUACUGGGUCGCCCCGGCAGUGGUGUUUCUACCCUGCUCAAGACGAUCGCCGGUGAGACCCAGGGACUUCAUCUCGGAGACCACUCACACUUUAGCUAUCAAGGCAUCCCAAUGGAAACAAUGCACAAGCGUUUUCGCGGCGAAGUCAUCUACCAAGCCGAAACCGACAUCCACUUCCCCCAUCUCACAGUCGGGCAGACUCUCCUCUUCGCCUCACUCGCAAGAACACCUAAGAACAGACUUCCUGGUGUCAGUAGGCAGAGGUACGCCGAGCACCUGCGGGACGUCGUGAUGGCCGUCUUUGGCAUCUCCCAUACCAUUAACACAAAGGUCGGAAAUGACUUCGUCCGUGGUGUGUCCGGAGGAGAGCGCAAGCGCGUGAGUAUUGCAGAGGUAACGCUCAGCCAGAGUCCUAUCCAGUGCUGGGACAAUAGUACUCGUGGUUUGGAUAGUGCUACUGCGUUGGAGUUUGCUCGGACUCUGCGACUGUCUACAGACAUGGCAAAGACUUCGGCCAUUGUUGCGAUGUAUCAAGCCUCACAGCCGGCAUAUGAUGUAUUCGACAAGGUUGCGGUUCUUUACGAAGGUCGCCAGAUCUACUUUGGCUCCACGGCGAUGGCGAAACAGUACUUCAUCGACAUGGGUUACCGCUGCCCCGACCGGCAAACCACUGCCGACUUCCUCACGUCCCUCACGAACCCUGCAGAGCGAAUCGUUCGAGAAGGGUUCGAGAACAGAGUUCCCAGAACGCCAGACGAGUUUGCAAUCGUGUGGAAGGGGAGUGACGCCAGGGCACGCCUGAUGGAGGAGAUCUUUGCCUUCGAGGAGGAACAUCCCCUCGACGGAUCAGGGGUCGACAAGUUUGUCGCGACGCGUCAGGCUCAUAAAGCCUCUCUUGUAAGAACACCGCAAUCACCUUACACUAUCUCCAUGCCCAUGCAAAUCUGGCUCUGCAUGACGCGUGGGUACCAGCGUCUCCUGGGUGACUGGCUGUUCUUCGUUGUCACUGUUGGUGGCAACCUGGUUAUUUCUCUGGUUCUUGGAAGUAUUUUCUUCGACCUGCCCUCUGAUGCAUCGAGCAUGAAUUCUCGUUGCAUUCUGUUGUUCUUUGCUAUCUUAUUUAACGGACUCAGCAGUGCCCUUGAGAUCCUCACACUAUAUGUCCAAAGGCCCAUUGUCGAAAAGCACGCUCGCUAUGCCCUAUAUCACCCCGCAUCCGAAGCCAUCUCUUCGACAAUCUGCGAUCUUCCCAGCAAGAUUCUGUCGACCUUGGCCUUUAAUAUUCCACUCUACUUCAUGGCGAAGCUCCGCCAAGAGGCCGAUGCCUUCUUCAUCUUCCUCCUCUUUGGCUUCACCACCACACUCUCAAUGUCCAUGAUUAUCAGAACCAUCGGCCAGACGUCCCGCACCAUCCACCAAGCCUUGACACCGGCCGCGAUCUUCAUCUUGUCGCUCGUGAUCUACACCGGCUUCAUCCUUCCGACUCGCGACAUGAAGGGCUGGCUCCGGUGGAUCAACUACAUCAACCCCAUCGCCUAUGCGUUUGAGAGUCUGGUUGCCAACGAGUUCAACGGUCGACAAUUUCCCUGUCCCUCGUUUGUUCCGGCCUACCCGACUGCGGCGCCAAAUGAGAGAACGUGCUCUGUUGCUGGCGCUGCUCCCGGUGCGGACUUCGUAGAUGGCGACGUUUACAUGAAUACCACUUUCAGUUACUACAAGUCUCACAUCUGGAGGAACUUUGGCAUCUUGAUCGCAUUCAUCGUCUUCUUCAUGUGCGUCUACCUCUUUGCAGCGGAGUACAUCACCACAGACCGCUCCAAGGGUGAAGUAUUGAUCUUCAAGCGCGGGCAUUCGGCCCCGAAACUAUCGAAGAACUCAUCCGACGAAGAGACCGGCCAAUCUGAACGCGUAUAUCAACACGAAAAGUCCGAGGGCCAUGUCGCUCAGUCUGGCGUCAAGCAAGCCGCGAUCCACAAGAGCCAAUCGGUGUUUCACUGGAAAGAUGUUUGCUACGACAUUUCUAUCAAGGGCAACAACCGCAGAAUUCUUGACAAAGCUAGCGGAUGGGUGAAGCCAGGAACUUUGACUGCUUUGAUGGGCUCUACUGGCGCUGGCAAGACAACGCUGCUUGACGUGCUGGCGAAUAGAGUGACCAUGGGUGUGGUGACUGGGGAUAUCUUGGUCAAUGGCAUUCCCAGAGAUCAGUCUUUCCAGCGAAAGGCCGGUUACGUUCAGCAACAAGAUAUCCACCUCGAGACAUCCACUGUCAGGGAAGCCUUACGAUUUAGUGCCAUGCUGCGCCAGCCAGCAUCUGUCAGCAAGCAAGAGAAGUAUGACUAUGUUGAAGAGGUGAUUGGGCUUCUGGAAAUGGAAGCUUACGCCGAUGCCAUUGUUGGAGUACCUGGAGAAGGCUUGAAUGUUGAGCAAAGAAAACGACUGACCAUCGGCGUCGAGCUCGCCGCCAAACCCGAUCUCCUCCUUUUCCUCGACGAACCAACCUCAGGCCUCGACAGCCAGACAGCGUGGUCAAUCUCAUCACUGAUCCGAAAGCUCUCCGAGAACGGUCAAGCCAUCCUCGUGACGAUCCACCAACCUUCCGCUCUGUUAUUCCAGCAAUUCGACCGACUUCUCCUUCUGGCACACGGCGGAAGAACAGUCUACUUUGGCGACAUUGGCGAGAACUCCCGCGUGCUCACGAGUUACUUUGAGCAAUAUGGAGCAAUGCCCUGCGGGCAGGACGAGAACCCCGCUGAGUGGAUGCUCAAAGUCAUCGGCGCUGCGCCUGGCGCAAAGGCUGAGAGGGAUUGGCCCGAGACUUGGAAGGAGAGUCACGAGUGUGCCGAUAUGCGCCGCGAGCUUGAGCGUCUUGAACAAGGCCUGGCGCCCAACGGCUCAACGACGAGUCCCGAUGAGAUGUCUACUUAUGCCGCGCCCUUCCAUGUUCAGCUUGCUUUGUGCACCGAGAGAGUUUUUCAGCAGUAUUGGCGCACGCCGUCGUACAUUUACUCCAAGCUCAUCUUGUCUGGGGGCACGAGUUUGUUCAUCGGCGUAUCUUUCUACAACUCACCGCUUACAAUGCAAGGCCUCCAGAGCCAGAUGUUCUCCAUCUUCAUGUUGCUGGUGGUCUUUGCCUUCCUCGUCUACCAAACGAUGCCCAACUUCAUCCUGCAACGUGAACAAUACGAGGCGAGAGAGCGCGCCUCUAGGGCGUACUCGUGGUAUGUAUUCGUGCUGGUCAACAUCAUUGUCGAGCUUCCCUGGAACACAUUGGCUGCCAUUGUGAUCUUCUUCCCGUUCUACUAUCUCGUCGGCAUGUAUCGCAAUGCUAUUCCGACGGAUGCGGUCACGGAACGUGGCGGCCUCAUGUUCCUACUAAUCUGGGCUUUCAUGCUGUUCGAGUCUACCUUUGCCGACAUGGUUGUCGCUGGUGUGCCGACAGCAGAGAUUGGCGCAACUCUUUCUCUUCUGCUCUUUGCCCUAUGUCUGAUCUUUUGCGGUGUCAUUGUACCGGUCAACGCCCUUCCAGGUUUCUGGAAGUUCAUGUACCGCGUCUCGCCCUUGACAUACCUCGUUGAAGGUCUCUUGUCCACGGGACUAGCACACAACAAAGUCGAGUGCUCUCAGCUCGAGUUGCUACAAUUCAGUCCGGCAAAUGGAACCUCGUGUGGUGAUUACAUGGCGCCGUAUAUGCAAAUGGCCGGCGGCAAUGUCUUCAACCCCAACAGUACCGACGUCUGCCAGUUCUGCCCACUGGCCACGACAGAUGCGUUCCUGGCCACCACUUCUACGUCGUAUGGCAGACGAUGGCGGUCGUAUGGGCUGAUGUGGGUCUACAUCAUCUUCAACCUAUUCGCAGCUCUGUCGCUGUAUUGGUUGGCUCGGGUGCCGAAAAAGCACUCGUUCGCUCAACUUUGGAAGAAGAAAUCUUCAUGA